AUGAGACAAGCGCUCCACGCUUUUCCUUACAUCCUUGAAUGGAAGUUAGGAACUGUAAGUGGGCACGAAACGCAGCUCGACGUGCAGCCAGUCUUCGAAACCCCAUACUAUGUACCGAAAGGCGCGUUACUCGGAGAGCAGUUCAAUCUUAAGCUGGCUUAUGGCCCAGUUCUUUACACGAAUUAUUCUCUACAGAUACCAGAAGCUGCGGUGAAGAGCUCCACGCUUCCACAUCCAACAAUCAAAGCCACGGACUCGGACGCGGACUCGGGCCCCUCGCUCGCCGUGAAAUAUCUCGACAAAUCAAGAGCCACACCGGGGGCGGUUGAAGGUAUCUUCGCUAUUCCUGUACAUGGAACGCGCAAAGGAGGUUUGAUAUACGAGGACCAGGAUAUUGAAGCAUGGGAGCCGGACAAGAGGGGCAUAUACUACCUUGGAAAGGACUUGGAUGACUGCGAGCGGCGGGAGUGGACUUUCCUCGGCGAGAUCGAAGUGGUUGAGGUCAUCAGCUACGAAGAAGAGGACUAAUCGAGGUUGGUCAGGAUUGGCAUAACCUCUCCCAGGAGGGUUUGGGAGUCUCAAACCCUCUGAAGACCGCUUUCCAGGUGGCUAUAUCAGCAAUUCCUUAUUCCUCGUUGUUGAGCCUCUUGACUCUUCCUACUGGGGACCGGCGAGGAAAGUCCCCAAUGAUUGAGGUUGCAACCUCUCCACAGGAACAGCUCCUCCUAUCUUUCUCCCACAACUUGCCCCAGACAUCUAUGUUACCAAGCACGUGAUCGGGAGGAAAUCGG